AUGUCGGAUCUCCUCCGCUCGGCAAUGGCUGCGCGCCUCGCCAAGCUACCCGCUGAUCUGCCUCCGAUGGGCGACGAAGAUGAGGACAACGAGGAAACGGAAGCCCACGACUCUCUCGGCUCGCUACCAGGCAGCGGCAUGGGUCCACCCGCAGCACCGCGAACACGACCAAAGCCCUCCAAACGCCCGCCAAACCCGGACUUUGCGCCACUCUCGGCAUCAUCUUACUUCUCCGAAGCUCUACAGGUCGCGAUUCCGGAACGCGGACUCGAUGUGAGGGCCUACUACACGCCGCCGAAGUUUGCCGGGGGGACUGUCUUUGUUUGCCACCAUGGCGCAGGCUACUCUGGGCUCAGUUUCGCAUGCUUUGCGAAAGAGGUGGUGGAAAUGGCCCGAGGGGAAGUGGGUGUUCUGGCAUUAGAUGCAAGGCGACAUGGUAAAACGCGCUCGACAACGGACCCAGAACCGGUGGAACUUGAUAUCGCAACGUUGGUCGAUGAUUUUGUGGCAAUAGUCCAGACCGUCUUUCCUCAUUCCCCCAAUCCGCCCCCGCCGCUCCUCCUCAUUGGCCACAGCAUGGGCGGCGCGGUUGUCGCACAUUCUUCUCCCCGCCUACAAGCCGCUGGCUUCCAUCUUCUGGGAAUCGCAGUACUGGACGUGGUCGAGGGUUCUGCGGUCGAGGCGUUACCACACAUGCACAAUCUACUCAAUGCCCGUCCGGAUGGAUUUGACUCUGUCGAAGAUGCUAUCGAGUGGCAUGUGAAAACGAAGACAAUCCGGAACGAUAACUCGGCCCGCGUUUCUGUCCCAGCUAUCGUCGAAGCUGCUCCGUCGUCAAAUCUACCCGCGCCACACGCUUGGAUAUGGAGGACACCCUUGCGCUCAACGGCGCCAUAUUGGAUGUCCUGGUUCCAAGACCUAUCGAUGACGUUCCUCGCAGCGCGCACAGCGCGUCUUCUCCUUCUCGCCGGGACCGACCGCCUCGAUAAGCCGCUCAUGAUCGCGCAGAUGCAGGGCAAGUUCCAGCUGCACGUUCUCGGCGGCGGCAACGUUGGGCACAUGCUCCAUGAGGACGACCCGACGCGUGUUGCCGAGGUCCUUCUGGAGUUUUGGCGGCGAAACGAUACUUCGAAGCUCAAGCUGCCGGUCAAGAUCAAGGGGGUUGGGGAGGCGUAG